UUGAUGAGAGGAAUAACUAAAAUGGUUCCAGGUGUACGUUCCCGCCAGCUGCUCCUGCUGUUGCUACUGGGUGUUCUGGCCACGUCACCGGCAGGAUCAGCACCAACGUCAGCAGGUGGUCUCACCACUCGCUACGACGAGGACAGCGGCCGCAUCCAGCUGUUAACCAAACGAGCCGGUCGUGAGGUCGAGGUGGCCUACAUCACAGCCCACGGCGGCAGCGAGCGCCCGCUCAGGCUAGUUCACGAGCGCCGUGGCGAUGAGGAGCGCUUUGACUUCGGCGACUCCACAGUGGUGGUCCGGCCCAGAGACACGGCUGCCCGGUGCUUCGCGUUCCAACAGUGGGUGAACGCUUCGACCACGGUGCUCCGCAGCUGCCAGCACCACCUAGCCAGCCACAUCUACGGCGGAAUCGAGGCGACCAACCAGGUGUGGCCCAUAGAGGGCAACGUGUACGACCACUACCCGUACGUCACCGACCAGGACAACCACGCCGGCAUCGCUCCGCGGUACUGGCUCUUCUCUGACGGAAGAUUCGUCUUCGUACACUCCAACGUCCCCCUUUUCAUCGACCAGCAUACCGAUCAGUCACUGAACAGGCUGUGCUUCAUUGCCGAGAACACGGCUCCGUACCCGGAGAGCCGGCAGGACAACGUUAUGGAGUGGAACAUGUGUCUUUUCGACAGUCCGAGGGACGCCCACCUGUACGCCGUCCAGAACUACCUGGGGAAGCCGACUGCCGUCCCGGACACGCGCAUGGCCACGGAACCCGUCUGGUCGACAGGAAACCGGUACAACACCGCUAUCAACGAGCAGAAGGUGCGCUCCUUCGCCAACGAAAUCGUCACCAACGGAUUCAACUUCAGCCAGAUCGAAAUCGACGACUUUUGGGAGUCGUGCUACGGCAGCCUGACUUUCGAUACGAGCAAGUUUCCCGACGUGCGGACCCUCACAGACGACCUCCACGCGCUGGGAUUCCGAGUGACGCUGUGGGUGCAUCCGUUCGUGGUACAGGGUUGCGAGCCGUACUACUCAGACGCGCUGGCCGCCGGUUACUUUGUGACCAACACAGAGGGCAGCACCGACACGCGCUGGUACAAGGGGGUCGCCGGCGUCGUCGACUUCACCAACCCUGAGGCAGCCGCCUGGUGGACGGAUCGACUCUGGGCCCUCCGCAAUGAGACCGGCAUCGACUCGUUCGAAUUCGAUGCGGGCCAGACGAGCUGGCUGCCGCAGCUGCCCGUCAUAGAGCCAGUGGAGCGGAACCCCGUCCGCUUCACCGACGAGUACGCGGCGACCGCCUCGCAGUUCGGGCCCCUGGUCGAGAUACAGGCCGCCGUGGAGAGCCAGCGGCUGCCGCACUUCUUCCUGAUGGACAUCGUGUCCAGCAGCUGGGGCGCCUCGGGCGGUCUGCGGACGCUGCUGCCCAAGCUGCUCGAGAUCAGCAUGGUGGGCCACCCAUUCGUGAUGCCCGAGAUGGUGGGCGGCGCGACGCACGCCCUCCCCUCCCAGGAGCUGUACACACGCUGGCUGCAGGCUACCGUAUUCAUGCCCGCCGUCAAGUUCUCCUUCACGCCGUGGGACUUCGACGACGAGACGCUGGAGACCUGCCGCAGCCUGAUGGAGCUGCGCGCCCAGUACGCCCCGGCCAUCGAGCAGCUCCUGCAGAAGGCGGCGGCCGACGGCACGCCGGUCAACCUGCCCGUCUGGUGGGUCGACCCGAGCGACUCCGUAGCGCACACCAUAGACUCAGAGUUCCUGCUGGGCGAGGACCUCCUGGUGGCGCCGGUGCUGGACGAGGGCGCCGUCGCGCGCGACAUCUACCUGCCGGCGGGCACCUGGAGGGACGAGGCCGACCCCGAGCACCCCACAGUGCGCGGCCCGCGCUGGCUCUACGACUACUCGGCGCCGCUCAGCACUCUGCCCUACUUCACCAGGAUCGUCGACUCGUAGACGUCACGGCCUGAACGGGCCCUGUGCGCACGAGCAGCGAAACAGAG